AUGGAAGAACCACCGCGCCGGCCUUCUACGCUUGAACGCAACCAAUUUACUCAGGACGGGACAAAAGUCAAGGAUGAUGGUCGAAUUGAUAUCGAUCUCGACUCCAAAGUGGGCAGGGAAGUGUCAAAGUUGAUACCAUUUCUACAUGCGGAGCAUUUACAACCACAGCCAGAGCCGUCGGGUGAUUUUGAAUGUGGCCUUGAACUCAACAUCGUUAUCCAAGUUGUUGGCAGCCGAGGCGACGUCCAGCCCUUUGUCGCACUAGGCAACGAGCUUCAGCGCCAUGGACAUCGCGUACGACUAGCGACACAUGGUGUGUUUGAGAGCUUCGUGCGCGACUCUGGUCUAGAAUUUUAUUCUAUCGGGGGAGAUCCCUCGGAGCUGAUGGCAUACAUGGUGAAGAACCCAGGCUUGAUACCACAGAUGAAAUCCAUUCAAGAGGGUGACAUUCAACGCAAGCGUGUCAUGGUAGGCGAAAUUCUCCAGGGAUGCUGGCGGUCCUGUAUUGAGGAUGACUCCGUUACGAAAACGCCCUUUGUCGCCGAUGCUAUUAUUGCGAACCCUCCAAGCUUCGCUCAUAUCCACUGCGCUCAGGCACUUGGCAUCCCUCUACAUAUGAUGUUUACCAUGCCGUGGACCAAGCCGAAGAUGGCGAAUUAUCUUUCUUACGGGAUUGUCGAAUGGCUGACAUGGCAAGGCUUGGGCGAUGUUAUCAAUGAUUGGAGAAAAUCCAUCGACCUAGAAGCUAUAUCGCUCACCGAAGGUCCCCGUUUAGCAGAGACUUUGAAGAUACCAUUCACAUAUUGCUGGUCACCUACAUUGAUGCCUAAACCAACAGACUGGCCGGCACAUAUCGAUGUCUGUGGCUUCUUCUUCCGCGCUCCUCCGGACUUCACACCACCUGCAGACCUUGCUGCGUUUCUCCAAAGCGGGCCUCCGCCGGUGUAUAUUGGAUUUGGCAGCAUCGUCAUUGAAGAUCCCCUAGCCAUGACUGCCACACUCGUCAAGGCAGUCAGGUCCUGGGGUGGCCGUGCAAUUAUAUCCCGUGGCUGGAGUAAGCUCGGCGAAGAAGAAUCGGACGAUCAGAUCUUUUACCUUGAGGACUGUCCGCACGAAUGGCUGUUCCAGAAGGUCGCUGCAGUUGUACAUCAUGGAGGAGCAGGGACUACAGCAUGUGGUUUACGAUUUGGAAGACCCUCGCUUAUUGUACCAUUCUUUGGAGAUCAGCUAUUUUGGGGAAACAUGGUCGCGUCCCGUGGGGUUGGACCAAUUCCCAUUCCACACCGGACUUUGAACGCGGAAAAUCUAGCGGAAGCUAUCCGUUUCUGCCUGCAUCCUGAUACCCUAACAGCAGCUGGUGAUCUUGCUCGUGAAAUGACCGAGGAAGCUGGAGUCUCUGCGGCUGUUGCAUCUUUCCAUCGCAACUUACCGAUCGAUAAAAUGAAAUGCCAGUUUCUUGAUUCCGAGCCGGCUGUUUGGCAGUUAAAACAGAACGGAAAGACCCCUAUAAAUUUGUCGAAAAUGGCAGCGGGGAUCUUGCUUGAGAAUUCUCGCAUUGAUACAAGGGACUUGAAAGCAUACGAGACAAAAACUAUAUUCAUUAUGACCCGGCGAUGGGAUCCUAUCACGGGCGGCACAUCGUCUGUGCUAGGCAUGUAUAAGGAUAUCCUCACAGCAUCAAGCGACGUCGUUAUUAGGCCCUACAAAGAGAUCACUCGUGCCCAUCAGCAGAGCCAGCCAGAGCUUGUAGUUAUCGAGCCUACAAAUCAAUCCGAGCGAAGCCCAUCCGAAGGUAUCUCACGUACUCCCGGAACCAACCAGACAGAUGAAGACUGGAUAGUUGCGGGAAAGGCAAUUGGGGGUUCCGCCAAAAGCGUGGGGAGGAUCAUAGCCUACUACUACAAGGGCGUUUUGGUAGACAUACCUGGAGCGGUGAAUGAAGGCCUGAGGGCUGUUCCCAGGCUCUAUGGCGAGGAGGUGAAAGACUACGACAAUAUCCGGGACUUUAAGUCUGGAGUUGCUGCGGCCUCAGAUAACUUUCGGAAUGGGUUCACAACUGGAUUCGCUGAUAUCUUCCGACAGCCCUACGAAGGUGCCCAGAAAGAUGGUUUCAUGGGUGCAAUCAGAGGAUUUGUUCAAGGCCCGAUUGGAAUGGGCACGAAAGCUGCAUCAGGUGCUUUGGGCUUAAUAGCCUAUCCGGGACAGGGCUUAGCCAAAAGCUUGCAUUCGGCUAUGCAUUCCAAGACUCGGAAUCAACUUCUGAAAGCGCGAUUAACAGAGUCUGAAUAUUUGGCCAGACAAUCAGGCAAGGCCCAAUCGAGCUGCCCUGAUGUUAUCGAGGCAUUUGAAGAUCAACAACGGCAGCCUAGAAAUAGUGCCAGCUCAACGAAUCCGAACCGAGCAGGUUCCCAGAGGUGA